GGGCCGGGACAGCGAUGGCCCCGCCCGCAGCCGGGAGAUUUGGGGCGUUCCCAGGUGGGUUCUGGGAGGGUGGUGAGUUUUUCCGAAGGAGCCGGCGCGGAGGCCGUGGUGCGGGGCCGGGAGUUGGGCCAGUCCUUGGGUCCGUCCUUGGCGAGGCGAGGGGCGGGAAGGGCUUGGAGCGCCCCGCGCGCUGCUGGAGAGCGGUGACGGAGGAGAUCCGGGGAACAGCGAGACUGGAGACGCCCUCAGGAUGGCCUCCCCGGCUCUGCUCAUGCGUGUGGUCGCCUCUGCGUAUUCCGUGGCGGAAAAAGCUGCAACAAUUGUUAGAAAUGUGAUGUCUGCAGGAGACCUGGGGAUAGUGGAGAAGGCUGGACCCAAUGACUUGCAGACCAAAGCUGACCGACUUGUACAAAUGAGCAUUUGUGCUUCCCUGGCACGGAAGUUUCCCAAGGUCACAAUUAUAGGAGAAGAGGAUUUGCCCACUGAUGAUGUAAAUGAGGAAUUAAUUGAAAAUGGUCACUGUGAAGAAAUACUGAAGAAACCUUGUCCUGCUCAGUACACAGGAAUUAAAGAGGAGGAGCUUGUAAUAUGGGUUGAUCCCCUGGAUGGAACCAAGGAGUACACUGAAGGUCUCCUUGACCACGUAACGGUUCUUAUUGGAAUUGCAUAUGGAGGGAAAGCAAUAGCAGGAGUUAUUAACCAGCCAUAUUACAACUAUGAGGCAGGAGCUGGUGCUGUGUUGGGCAGGACGAUCUGGGGAGUCCUGGGCAUAGGUGCCUUUGGAUUUCAGCUCACAGAAGCACCUGCUGGGAAACACAUCAUCGUUACCACCCGUUCCCACAGCAGUGCCCUGGUAAAUGAGUGCAUCAGUGCCUUGAACCCAGACAGUGUCAUCAGAGUUGGAGGAGCAGGAAACAAGGUCAUUCAACUUAUAGAAGGCAAGGCAUCUGCUUAUAUAUUUGCCAGCCCUGGGUGCAAGAAAUGGGAUACAUGUGCACCUGAAGCUAUUCUUCAUGCUGUGGGAGGCAAGAUAACUGAUAUCCGUGGAAAUUCAUUUCAGUAUAACAAGGAAGUAAAACACAUGAAUUCAGCUGGGGUCCUCGCCACUUUGAGGAAUUAUGACUAUUAUGCCAGUCGUAUUCCUAACACUGUGAAAGAGUCUCUAGUGCCUUAAAGCAAGGGAAGCAUCUUCACUUGGCCUGGAAGGCUGAGAAAGUGAACUUGGGGAAAAAAGAGAGAAAGAAGACAAAUGGGCUUGAAAUCUUGUUUUACAGAAUCUGAACUGAAUUAUUUUAUUAAGGUGUUCAGUAAUUUCAAAGUUACACAGAAUCUGUAAGUAAAUGUUGGAUCAGAUUGUUUUGCUCUUUUUAGCAGGCAACUUCAAAGUGGUCACAUUUCUUCAACAGCUGUAUUCUAUAUUCUCUGGGAAUUUUUAUUCUUCAUGACUGUGCAUGAUAUACUGUAAAUCAUAACACUGCAGGCCAAAAAUCACCUGAAAAUUCUGGGAACAAAAUCACAUUAAGUCAUUUACCUGAUCUUGCUCGAUGCUUUUUUGUUGUAUGUAGCCAAUACAGGUUAUUGUGUUAAAUACAAAUGGACUAAGGAUUUGCCUGGAUGGAUUAGCCCAUUUGUUAUCAAGUUGCCAGUUUUGAUUCUUAAAA